AUGCCAACUACUUCACGUGCUAAAAGAAGGAUAAUACGGCACCAGUUAUCACCGCUAUCGGGUGAUUCCAACCAAGACGAGGAAGAGCACACAACUUCAGAUGAAGAUGAAGCAGAUAAAAUUGAAUUAGAUGAAAUGCCUACACAAGAGACAGCAUGCGAAAGUCCGAUUCUUUCUGACAAUCCAAAUGAAGAGAGUUUUAUAUCCGAAGAUCAGGAAUUGCUUCGAUCGUUGAUCUUUGCGACAGAGAUGUCCUCCAGUUCGUCUGAAGACGAGAGUAGAAGUAACUACGAUUCCGACGAAAACAAAACUGGUGAAGAUAUAGGCAUCUUGGAUGAGGCUUUGGAUGAUGAAGAUGGAUCACUGGCAAACAGCUCUGAAGGUGAAUUGAUCGAUAAUUUUAGAGAUCCAGAUUGGAAUGCCAAUAUGGAGGAUGAAGAAACAGACUCGUCAGCUGAUGAUGAGCUCGAAGACGAUGGAGAGGAAGUACGAGAGGGCACAUCACAAGAUGCAAGGUAG